CUGAUUGUGGCUACCCACCGCCGGCUGGAGCUUUCGCAGUCAGCUGAUUGCCACUGCCGUGUUUUCGUGCACCAAGUCCACUUUUUCAGCAUGGAGAACGUUUCCAAGAUUUGGCUGGGUCCCCUGCCCCAGGAUUCGCCGUACGUAAAGCCCUUCCGGCUGUACUACGUCCAGAAUGGCGUGGAGAAGAACUGGGACCUGCUGAAGGUCCACGAUAGUGUGGCUAUUAUCUUGUACAACACUUCUCGCCAGAAACUGGUCCUGGUCCGCCAGUUCCGACCCGCCGUCUACCACGGCAUCAUCUCCAGCGCCAAGGGCACCUUCGAUGAGGUGGACCUCAAGGAGUUCCCGCCCGCCAUCGGUGUCACCUUGGAACUGUGCGCCGGCAUCGUGGACAAAAACAAAAGCUGGGUGGAAAUCGCUCGGGAGGAAGUGGUCGAGGAGUGUGGCUACGAUGUGCCCGUGGAACGCAUUGAGGAAGUCAUGGUCUACAGAUCUGGAGUUGGUUCAUCGGGUGCCAAGCAGACCAUGUACUACUGCGAGGUGACCGAUGCGGACAAGGCCACAGGUGGUGGCGGCGUCGACGACGAGAUCAUCGAGGUGGUGGAGCUGUCCCUGGAGGAGGCCAAGCGGAUGAUCCAACAGGGAGCCGUCAACAACAGCCCGCCCAGCUGCCUGAUGGGCCUGAUGUGGUUCUUCGCCAACAGGGCACCCGGUGCGAAGGCCUAGAGGCGAACGCUGUUGCUGUUGAUUCACCCAGAUAAGCGGCGGCCGUGAUAAGAUGAUAAGAUGAUAAGAUGCGUCCGCAUCCGCAGCGUUGCCUUAUACACAUCUUUUAGUCAACACCAACCAUUUCGAAUGCUUUCCAACCGAGCGCAUUGUGAGUGCGCCUAGCGCACACGAUAUAAUACUGAAAUUCCCGUGCCUGUCGAGGCUUACCUUAUGAUAUGUAUACCGUGUAAUAUGUAAUAAACCCUGGCCAGCUGUCCGCUCAUGAAUUCGGUCAAGACGUCUCUCCCACUUCCAUCUCAGCUGCGAGUUCCACUCCCACCGCGGCUGCCAAGUGCAUAAAUCGCCUAUAAAUCAAAAUGCCGCAAGACGCUGCUGCCGCAGAAGCUCCAAACGGGUUCCGCUUUUCUCCGAUCUAAACCUAUCCGAUCCGAUGCGAUGCGAUGGGAUGGGACCUGGUACUGUGGAGGACCCAUACCCAUACCCAUACCCAUCUCAUCCCAUCCGCAGCGAAGCGAAGCUGUGUGCCGUUUUUGGGCCCCUGUCGGGCAGCGUGUUGCUGGGAUCAGGUUACUUAUUUAUACACGGCCAGGGACUUUAGCUUCCAUGAACGCUCCUGGUACUCCUGAUCACAGAG